UGACAAACAAUUUUUUGACAGUGACGUGCGCUUACAACAACGAUUUGCUUGCAGAAAUACAAUUCGGUUUAUAACCAACAUAAAUACUAAACUUUCAUUUAUCAGUAAAAGAACGAAGAUAUGGCUUCCAUCCUUGUACCAGAAGUCCCAGCUCCAGGAUUCUCAUUUGAGAACUGCCAACGAAAUGCAUUCUUGGCCAACAAAGGAUUCCCGGCCCCUACAGCGACUAAAACCGGUACCACCAUCGUGGGUAUUAUCUUCGCCGAUGGUGUAAUUCUCGGGGCUGACACAAGGGCUACUGAAAAUACUGUUGUAUCUGACAAAAACUGCCAAAAAAUACAUUACUUGGCAGGCAAUAUGUAUUGUUGUGGUGCCGGCACUGCUGCUGAUACCGAGAUGACUACACAAACUGUCGCAUCGCAAUUAGAGUUGCAGAGACUGCAUACAGGGCGCACAGUCCCCGUGGAGACGGCGGCGACUUUAUUGAAGCGUAUGCUGUUCCGUUACCAAGGUUACAUUGGUGCUGCUUUAGUUCUUGGUGGUGUUGAUAGAACUGGUCCUCAUAUCUACUGCAUUUACCCUCAUGGAUCGGUUGAUAAAUUACCAUAUGCAACUAUGGGUUCUGGAUCCCUGGCUGCCAUGGCAGUGUUUGAAGCUGGUUGGAAACCAAACAUGAGCGAGGAAGAAGGAAAAAAACUGGUCCGUGAUGCAAUUGCUGCCGGUAUCUUCAAUGAUCUGGGAUCAGGUUCCAAUGUGGACUUGUGUGUCAUUCGUGGCACUGGACCUGCUCAGUACCUCAGGACUUAUGAGGAAGCCAAUGUUAAGGGUAGGAAGCAAGGCUCAUACAGAUAUGCUCUGGGCACUACAGCUGUGCUGAAACAACGUGUCAUUCCCCUGGAGGUGACGUCAGUGAACAUCUGCUGUCCCCAACCCAUGGAAGUGGAACCUUCACACAGUCGCCGUUAACUUCCAUGAAAUGUAUAAUUCCUUUCAGUUCUAAAAUAAAUGUAUCAUUUUUUCUUA